UCGCUGUCGGUGGGUCCAGGGGAGCUCAUCCUCGUGUGCGGGCCCAUCGGGUGCGGCAAGACCACCCUGCUGCAGGGCCUGGCGGGCACCCUCGCGCCCCUCCGCGGCGUGCGCACGGCCGCGGGCCGGCCCGCCGCCUACGUCGCCCAGCGGCCGUGGCUGCUCAACGCGACGCUGCUGGAGAACGUGCUCUUCGGGCGCCCCCACGGCGCGGCGGAGCUGGAGCGCGCCCUGAGCUGUUGCGCCCUUGGGGCGGACCUGGCGGUCUUGGCCGACGGCCUGCACACGCCGGUCGGGGAGGAGGGCGUGCAGCUCAGCGGGGGCCAGAAGCAGCGGGUCUCGCUCGCCAGGGCCGUCUACAGCCAGGCGGACGUCGUGCUCAUGGACGACGUCCUGUCUGCCCUGGACGCGCACGUGGGGCGCCACGUGUGGGACCACGCCAUCUGCGGCGCGCUCCGGGGGCGGACGCGCGUGCUGGUGACGCACCAGGUGCAGUAUGCCUCGGACCCAGCGGUCGACCGCAUCCUGAUCCUGGACGCGAGCGGCCGGGUGGAGCAGCUGGGCACCUACGAGGAGCUCUGCGGCCUCGGCGUCAGCUUCGGGGCGCUGCAGCGCCAGCUGAGCGACGGCGGCGGCGGCGAGGAGGAGGGCAGCGACCAGGCCGGCCCCGACGGCCCAGCCGACGGCGGCUCGGCGCUGGCGACGGCCCCGACGGCCCAACCGACGGCCCAGCCGACGGCCCAACCAGCAGCGGCGGCGGCGCUGGAGGCUGCGUGCCGGGCCACUGCCGCGCCGCCGGGGGCAGCCGCGGGGCACGCGGAGCAGAGGCGCCUGGGCGCCGUGCAGUACCAGGACUUUGCGGAGUACCUCGGGGCCUGUGGCGGCUGCCGCGGGGUGGGCACGAUCGUCGCCCUGAUGCUGGUCUACUAUGGCACGCAGUUCGCUGGGAGCUUCGAGCUGGCGAUGUGGGCGAACGCCAGCGAGGGCGGCGGGUCCGCGCCGGCGGAGGACCGGGCGUACCUGCAGGGGUACCUGCUGCUGUCGUUCGGGACUGGCCUGACCUGCCUCCUGUUUUUCUUGGGCAUCCAGCUCGUCUCGCUGAGAAGCUCGCGCGUGCUGCACGAGAGGUUCACGAAGAGCCUGCUGUGGACCGACCUGCGCUUCUUCGACAUCACGCCCACGGGGCGGGUGCUGAACCGGGCUCUGAAGGACUUCCAGAUGGUCGACGACAGACUGCCGCCCGCGUUUCGUGAGCUUACCGAGUCCCUGAUGAAUUUCGCUCAGUCCAUCGUCAUCCUGCUGGUGUUCGCCUGGGAGUCUCUGCUCGUGGUGCCGCUGUUCGGGAUCGUGUAUUGGAGGCUGAUGGUGAUCUACAGAUGGCCUGCCCGCGACCUGAAGCGGCUCGAGAGCACAUCGCGGUCGCCCAUGAUGUCCCACUUCUCGGACGUUGCCAGGGGCGCCUGCACCAUCCGGGCCUACGGGCACGACGGUCGGUUCAUGAUGGAGAACUUGUCGCUGAUGGGUGACGUGCAGCGGACGAGCUACUGGUUCUGGACGGCGCAGGGCUGGGUCUCGAUGGUCCAGGAGGUCCUCGGCACCGGCCUGCUGGCCAUCAUCGCUGGCACGAUUGGCUACAGAGCAUCUGCCGGUCUGCUCAGCCCCGGGCUGGCCGGCCUGGCCCUCUCCUACGCCAUCAGCAUGCCCCGCGACCUCAUGUGGCUCUCGCGGCGCAUUGCCUCCCUGGAGGUGGAGAUGGUGUCGAUCGAGCGGGUCAUGGAGUACAUCUCGAGCCCGAGAAGGGCCCGUGCGCCAGCGGUGUGGCCGCCCCCCCGGCCGACGGCGCCCCGCAGGGCUGCGGGCGCGGGUGCGCCAUCUCGCUGCAGUCCGUCUGGUUCCGCUACGCCGCGGACCUGCCGUGGAUCCUGCGGGGCCUCACCGUGCAGGUCCCCGCGGGGGCGCGCGCCGCAGUGGUGGGGCGCACGGGCUGCGGCAAGAGCAGCAUGCUCUCCACGGUCGCGCGCCUGUAUCGAAGACGAGGGGCGGCUGCUCGUGCACGGGCGGGACGCCCUGGGGAUGACGCUGCUGGAACUGCGGCGCACCCUGCGGGUGCUGUUGCAGGACCCCGUCUUCUUCAGUGGGUCCAUCCGCUCCAACCUGCUGUGCCAAGUCCACGAGGGCGGCGCGGCCGCCCGCCGCGGCCGCCCGUCGCAGGCCUCGCCCGGGGAGGACGAGGCGCUGUGGCGCGCGCUGGCGCAGGCCGGCCUCGAGGGGCCGGUGCGGGCGCUGCCCGGGGGCCUGGACGAGGCCGUGGAGGAGGGCGGGCAGAACUUCAGCCACGGCCAGCGGCAGCUGCUGUGCCUGGCGCGGGCGCUGGCCCUCCCCGCGGGCGGCGGCGCGCCCGGGCUGCCGAGGAUCCUCCUCUGCGACGAGCCGACCUCCGCGUGCGACCUGGCGACGGACCAGGCCAUCCACGAGACGCUGCUGCACGGCCUGCCCGCGGACUGGACGCUGGUCGUGGUGUGCCACCGGCUGCACCGCGUCCGGGAGUUCGACUGCGUGUACGUCCUGGACGCUGGGGAGGUCGUAGAGCACGGCACCCCAGGCGCGCUGCUGGGCUCCGGGGCCGCGGCGGGCUCCGAGCUCCCGGGCGCGCUGGCGUCGAUGUGCCGCCAGCAGGGCGUGCAGUGACGCCGCGCGGCCCGGACGCCGCGCGGGGAGCCGACGCCGCGCCGACGCCGGAAAACGGCAUAGUUCCCCAUGGUCCUGUUGGCUCCUUUCUAGGGGUCAGCGACAAGAGCUCCCUAUGAGGGAGCCAGUGGAUCCUUAUUUAAUCGCUUCGCUCAUGCCGCC